UCUCUUUUGUAAGAAAUGUUUAUAAAUAUUAUCGUUUAAAAAUGGUGGACAAGUCACCAAAUACGUUGCCUCUAACAAGGGUUAAAACAAUAAUGAAAAGCUCUCCAGAAGUUUCCAGCAUUAGCCUAGAAGCGUUACAUUUAACAGGAAAAGCAACGGAAUUGUUUAUUCAAGCUUUGGCAAAGUUUUCCUAUCAACAAAGUAGCAACAAAUCAUUUUUACAGUACAAUGAUCUGGCAGAAAUUGUCAAUUCUGAAGAUACUCUGCAAUUUUUACAUGACAUUGUUCCUCGUAAAAUCAAGGCUAAAGAAUUUCUAAAAUUAAUGAAAGAUAAACAUGAUGAUGAUGAAUGACAUGUUCAAGAAAUGGACAUUCGCAAACAAAAAAGUUACUUUGCUUAUUAACUUCAGUUUGUGUGUGGAUUUCCUUGAGAGAAAAGUGUUACAGAAUGUUUGGUAAUGAAAGAGCUUUCAGGCAGGCCAAGUUGUAUUGGUAUUCUGAGUGUGCAAUUUGUGUAACUUCUGCAUUCAUUGAUCUUAUUUUACAUAAUGACUGAUGAAGAAAAUAAAAUAAUGUUAUUGAGAUUAA